UUUCUACGAUUUUUACAGACGAUGAGAACGGAGUAGAAAUCGAGAGCAGGGUUUGAGUGCGUUUUUUUGUUGAGUGAAGUGAGAAAAAAUGGUGUUUUCGUUGCCCGCGUUUUCAUACAUGAUCGCGUUGAUUGUCGACGCGUUCCUGAUAUUCUUUGCAAUAUUUCACAUAAUUGCGUUUGAUGAACUCAAGACGGAUUACAAGAAUCCAAUUGAUCAGUGCAACAGUUUGAACCCGCUGGUGUUGCCGGAAUACUUGAUGCAUAUGGCGUUCAAUUUGUUAUUGCUAAUUUCCGGUGAAUGGGUGACAGUUCUGAUCAAUGCUCCGCUGAUCGCAUACCAUGUUUUGAGAUACAAGAAUCGUCCGAUGAUGAGUUCCCCGGGUCUUUACGACCCAACCAGCAUCAUGAACGCUGACACAUUAUCCAAGUGCCAACGAGAAGGAUGGAUCAAACUAGGGUUUUACGUGUUCAGCUUUUUCUUCUACCUCUACGGGUGA